UGAGAGCGAGAGGAAGCGGGGAAGCGCGCCGCUGGGUUCGUGAGCGCGCUCCGCCGGCGCGGCGUGUGUUUUAUUAAACGGCGGUGUGUCGGUGUGUGUGUGUGUACGUACAGGGCGCUGUUCCGCUUCCCCGCAACUUCAGCGUUUUGUCUUGAUCUAGAAUAUUAAGUAGUUAGCCCGGUAUCAGGUUUGUCAGCGGCCUAGCCGAGCAUAGCGUUGUGGCUAGCUGACCGAGCCGCUGCUGGCCGAAGUUUUCUUUUAAACAGUUAGCUUAGCGUAGGUUAGCUUAGCUUAGCUUAGCUUAGCUGAGCUGGUUAACUCUUGCUGUAUGUUAGUUAUUUAGCUGAAGUUGACGGGAUAAAGGAACCGAUACAGACAUGCAGGAGCUAAUUGCCAGCGUUGAUCACAUCAAGUUUGAUCUGGAGAUUGCUGUAGAACAGCAGUUAGGCGCUCAGCCGCUGCCGUUUCCAGGAAUGGACAAAUCAGGCGCUGCUGUGUGCGAGUUUUUCAUGAGGGCUGCUUGUAUGAAAGGUGGGAUGUGUCCUUUCAGGCACAUUAGUGGAGAAAAGACCGUCGUGUGUAAACACUGGCUUCGGGGUUUGUGCAAGAAAGGAGACCAGUGCGAAUUUUUGCACGAGUAUGACAUGACGAAGAUGCCAGAGUGCUAUUUCUACUCCAAGUUCGGAGAGUGCAGUAAUAAAGAAUGCCCGUUCUUGCACAUCGACCCAGAAUCUAAGAUCAAAGACUGUCCAUGGUAUGACAGGGGAUUUUGCAAGCAUGGUCCGGAUUGCCGACACAGACACACAAGAAGGGUCAUCUGUGUUAAUUAUCUUGUAGGCUUCUGUCCUGAGGGCAAGUCAUGCAAAUUUAUGCAUCCACGCUUUGAGCUGCCUAUGGGUGCAACUGAACAGCCCCCACUACCUCAGCAAGCUCAGACUCAGCAGAAGCAAAACAUACAGAACCUGAACAGAUCAUCACUAUCACUUAUCCAGUUAACAAACCCCAACUCUAAUGUCAAUACCAAUCAAAAAAUGCCGCAUAUUCUCGGGCCGAUGCAGAGCCAGAACAACAUGGGUGGCCCCCGCGGCCCUCGUCCCCUGGACCAAGUUACAUGUUACAAGUGUGGUGAGAAGGGGCAUUAUGCCAACAAAUGCACAAAAGGACACCUGGCCUUCCUGAGUGGACAGUAGUAUUCAUUUGCAUCUGCUGGAAUUUCCUCUCACAAGGCGUAUGAGAACUGGUACAUUAGCCUUUUACUGGAAAGGCUGUAAUGGGUUCUGCCAGGCACACAUGCCCUGGGUAGUCCUUUGAAAUCAGGUUCUCUGCCAGUGUCAUUUCAACAGGUAGAAUUAAAAGUAAUUAAUGCCUGUCUGAGCUGAUGUGAAAAAAGAAUAAAAGAAAUCCUUCACAUCACUGUAAAUUCAAAAUUUUGUAUUGAGAGAAUACACAAUUGAGAGUGGGAUAUUAGAUUUCAAAAGAACAUCUGAGGGCUGUAGGAAGUACAUUCCUCACUGAGAAGUGAGGAAUAUAUUCAUAUGUAAGACCUUUUUCUAUUGUGAAGUGUGAUUUCAGGCUUAUUCUUUAAGAAACUGGAAACCCAUUAUGUUUGAUAGUAAUAGGAUGUACUAGGUGGAGUACGUGUCCAAGUUCGGAUAUGUCGCUACAUGGCACUGGUCUUUUGGUACAUUGAGAAUUGGAUUGGUUUUGAUGUCUGGGUGGGUUAGAGGGAUGAAAGUGGAUUCAAGUGUUGUGUAAAUACUUUUUGUACUUGCUGGUAAAUAAAAAAGGCAACUCAAGAGCUCAGUUGUGACAGUAAAAGCACUUUGCAACCAA